AUGGCACCCUCUGCCACCACCGCACACGUCUCCUGGGCUCCCACCUCGCGACACCCGCGUGACGAGCGCUCCCCACACACCACCUCUCGUGCCAUCACGAUUCCAGGAGCCAGACCAGCUUUCCCCGUCCCCUCCAUCCUCCGCAACAAAGACAAGGGAGCAGGACACGUGCACCACCACCUCGACAACAUCACAGACUACUAUCCGCGCGACCGCUACUCCCUCUACCAGAGGAGUCAACCAACGUGGCAGGAACUGCGGAUCGAGAAGAGUGAAGCACUCAUCACUUCCAAUGUCGCUUCCUCGCGGGACAAGGGGAGGAGUUGGGUGGGGUUGCAAAGGAACGCGCCGGUGUGUGUGCCGAGGCCUACAGUCGCGGUGAAGGAGGUUGCUAUCGUGCCGGAGUAUAUGCCGCCCUGCGAGAAUAAAGUGGAGAUUAAUAAGUACUGGUGGCAGACGGAAAUGCAGAAGCGAGCGAGGAGAGCGGUAGAUCGGGAUUCUGGUUAUCAGAGCGAGGAACAGCAAGACGAGAAAGGGGUUUGUGUGAAAAAAGUGUAG